AUGUCCCAGCAAACGAUAGUGACGGCAUCAGUCGCCGCCGCCGUUACCGGCUUGUUUGCCUACGCCGUCUACUUCGACUACAACCGCCGCAACAAGGCCGAGUUCCGCAGAGAGCUGCGCCGGAACGAGCGCAGACAACACAAGGCCGAGAAGGAAGAGGCAGAGCAAGAGACGGUCCGCCAGCGCCAAGCGAUCAAGUUCGCCGUCGACGACGCCAAAGCCGAGGGCUUCCCCACCGACGUCGAGGCCAAGGAGGCCUACUUCCUGCAGCAGGUUUCCGAGGGAGAGACGCUCUCCUCAGACCCUUCGCGCGCCGUUGACGCUGCGCUGGCGUUCUACAAGGGUUUGAAGGUCUACCCUACCCCCGGUGACCUCAUUGGCAUCUACGACAAGACCGUUCCCAAGCCCGUGCUGGACGUUCUCGCCGAGAUGAUCGCCUACGACUCUUCCCUCAACAUCGGACAGUUCACCGGCAGCGUCAACGCCAACCUGAGCGACAUGCCCACCGUCGGCCUGGACUAA